CCACGGUACGAAUUCGCAAUUUGCUUUUUGAUAGAUAGAGUAACUUAAUUGAACACUUCUCCGAUUCCUCUGUCGUAGUAAAAAGGACGCCCGAAAAAGAAAAAAAAUCAGAAACUCUAUUGAAAGAUCCGGAGUCGGUACCAACAGACCAGAAUGAUGCUGAAAUGUUGCCACUAUGGCAGCUGCCUUGCGUUGGUUGCAAGCACCUACGCUUUUGCUCCACUUUCGCGGCAACYGCACCGCAUAGAACAUCGAACCCUGGACACAAUGAAAAGCAACAUCCCUAUCUUCUCUAGUGCGGACGAGGACAUCUUGAGCGGCAGUAGCGGUGGCCGAAUCAACUCGGCCUUUUCCCGCAACGAAUUUAGUCGCGUGAUCUAUAUCGAUCGGAUCUUUCAGCAGCGGGGGAGAAACAACCAGCAGCGAGACCACGAGGUGAAGAUAAGAGCGAGCGACGAAGAAUGCCAGGCCCUGGCGGAUCGAUUCGAGCUGAAGAAAAUCGAAACGCUGGAAGCGAGGCUAUCGAUCCGUCCGGCUACGGAAGCCCUCGCGGCGGGGACCUCCGGUGGGGGCCUCCCGGUCGAAGCAGAGGGGACUAUUGAGGCCCAUCUUACCCAGACCUGCGUCCGGACAAACGAGGAAUUCGAGGUCGACGUGGAAUUUCCCGUCUACCUAAUUGUCAAGCCCGUGACAAGCAACAACAAGGACGACAUAGAGCUGAUGAUUGCGCAGCAGCAAGAAGAGGAGGAAGCCGAAGGCGGCAAAAAGAAGAAGAAAAAGAAAAAAUUCAAGCCCAAGAAAGACGAUGUCUUUCACCAAAACAAAAAGACCUACAACCUAUCGGACAUCUUCGACCUGCAAUCCGCAAUCCAAGAGGCAGACUUUGGAGGCGCGGGCAACGGCCUCGCGGAUACAGUCGAAGACGAAGCCAUAUAUUCUCUAUCGAGCGACCAGUUGGAUGUUGGUGAGUUGAUCGCCCAGACGUUUUGUUUGGAGCUGGAUCCGUACCCCAAAAAGCCGGGAACAGACCCCGUGUCAUGGGAAAUAACUGGGUAGAUUCAUCGUUCGAUGCUUUUGGGCGUUGCUUUGGCGGCAAGAGCUGCGGCAGCGGAACCAGGGGAACUGGUCGAUUUUUUGUUAUCUCUACGCAGCAAGUGCUCUAUGGAUAAGCGACGGUUGGACCUCUUUCCAAGAAACCUGCGUGCCGGUUGCAAAAAAAAAGCGAUAAAACGAACUCGAUCGAAACAUUGAUCUUUUUUGGCACCAUCUAUCUAUUUUUUUUUAAGAGACGCAUUUUUUGUACUAAUGCAUGAGUAGAUUGUAAUGUGCAUUUUGGGUGUCACAAUAUGAUACCCUUUCCCAUACUCUAAUUUCGCCUUCAUGGUAGUUGUGCAACAGCUAUCUCAAACAAACUGCAACAGUAAUAGAAACGAAAGGAAUCA